CGGAGAGGCUGCCGCUGUGCGCUCUUAUUAUUGUAAGAGUAAAUUUCUUUUUUACGAAAAUGGCGUCUAGUCAGGGAGGUGUGGGAGCUGUCACGGCUCUACAAAGCCAUCACUACUCUAGCGGACCUCACUGGAGCCCGGGCAACAGCCAGUACCAACACCAGCAACAGCACCACACGACGCGCAGCCUGGACCGGGCUUUGGAGGAUGCCGUGUGCUCGGGGAUACUGAACCUGAGCGGUAGGAAGCUGAGGGAGUACCCGGGGAUGAGCUACGAUCUGACCGAUACUACACAAGCAGACCUGUCUAAGAAUCGCCUCACAGAAAUCCCUCCGGAGGUGUGUCUGUUCGCUCCCCUCGAGUCACUGAACCUCUAUCACAACUGCAUUAAAUGCAUCCCAGAAGCCAUCAUCAAUCUGCAGAUGCUGACUUAUCUUGACAUCAGUCGGAAUCUCCUGUCUGUUUUGCCAAAAUACCUGUUCAACCUCCCUCUCAAAGUUUUGCUUGUGAGUAACAAUAAGCUUGUGUCCAUCCCGGAGGAGAUCGGCAAGGCCAAAGAGUUGAUGGAACUGGAUGUUAGCUGUAAUGAGAUCCAGGUGCUGCCAGCUCAGGUUGGGAGGCUUCAAGCCUUACGAGAACUCAACAUCAGGAAGAAUUGUCUUCACAUGCUGCCUGAGGAGUUGGCUGACUUGCCUCUCAUCCGACUUGACUUUUCCUGCAAUAAGAUCACAGAGAUUCCUCCAGCCUACAGGAAACUCAGGCAACUGCAGCACAUCAUCCUCGACAACAACCCUAUGCAGUCUCCACCCGCACAGAUUUGUCUUAAGGGCAAAGUUCACAUAUUCAAGUACCUGAACAUCCAGGCGUGUAGGAUGGAUAAGAAGCCGGACACCUUGGAUCUCCCUUCCCUUGGCAAACGUUGCCUUCCACAGCCUCUCACUGAUAGCAUGGAAGAUUUUUACCCCACUAAGAACCACGGGCCUGACUCUGGAAUCGGUAGUGACAAUGGCGACAAGAGACUGUCUACAACAGAGCCCUCAGACGAUGACACCGUCAGCCUUCACUCUCAGGUUUCAGAGACAGCCCGUGCUGAUGCCCUCUCCCUCCUCUCCAAAAUGGACUCUUGCAAAGAUCAGGAUCUCUAUGACUUUAUAGACCCCAACCCAGAGGAGGAUCCUGCUCUGUCAGAGAGCGACGGGCAGCAGAGCACCCAUGUGUCUUGUAUAAAGGAACUGGAGAAAGUUCUUAACAUGUCUCACCAAAGCAAAGAUAAAGACAGCUGGAAAGAAGAGUCAGGUUCUGACAAGGAGCAGCUUGUUGAGGAGGAAGAGGAUGAGCUGAAAGAAGUGCUGGAUCUGAGGAAGAUUGCUGUUCAGCUUUUGCAGCAAGAGCAGCAGAAUAGACGACGGUCCUUAAUUUGCAGAGCAGAGAGUCUUAUCCAUCGGCGGAGAGUGACCGGCCGAGCGCACAGAUUCUUAAGUCACUCUGGGAGUUCGAGCAACAAACCAAGGCCUCCAGCUCAGGCCGCUCGUAGUGCUUCUCUGGAUGAAGGGAGCAGUGGGGCUUCAGUGCUGAGCGGACAGCCGUCCACAUCCUGCUCCUUUGAUGGCAGCCUGAAGACAGACAAUUUAGAUUCGGAGCCCAAAUGGCCUGAAGUACCACCUGUCCUCAACCAGAAUGAAGACCGCAGGAGGAACAAGUACCUGAGGAAAGAUUAUUUGAAAUACAAGUGUCAGAGUGCUCGGAAAAAUACAAACGGAAAUGAUGACUGUGAGGAGGGUUUGCGCAACACAGACUUCAGCACCACCCUGACAGUGUUUGGACUAAAGCCAAGAUCAGCAUUCACCAGAGGAAGCCGUCAGGAGUACACGUCCACCGAUCCCAGUUUCACCAUGAGGAGGAAGAUGGAACACUUAAGAGAAGAAAUGGAACAAAUAGGACUCUUACGGCAGAACAUUGAGUCCAGACUGAAGGUGCUGCUCCCAGAUGACGUUGGAGCUGCUCUGAUGGAUGGGGUUGUCCUCUGUCAUUUAGCCAAUCACAUUUGUCCUCGGUCUGUCGCCAGCAUUCAUGUACCAUCACCUGCUGUGCCAAAGCUUAGCAUGGCUAAAUGCCGAAGAAAUGUGGAGAACUUUUUGGAUGCGUGUAAAAAGCUGGGUGUCCCACAGGACAAGCUCUGUCUGCCCCACCACAUCCUAGAGGAGCGUGGCCUGGUGAAGGUCGGUGUCACGGUCCAGGCUUUACUGGAUCUGCCCACAUCCAAGUCUGCUCAGCUGUCAGGAGUUUGACACAAGCCCGAGUGGUGAAAUCAACCUGUAGUCAUCCAACCACACCCUCCAACCCACACCCUUCUGAAAGGGACCAGAGAGCCCCCCGGGGUGAGGACCCAGUGGGUAUUGGGGAGUCUGCUUCCUUCCUGACUGAAACAGGAGACAAGAGGCCGAUAGACCUCCGUCUCCUCAUAUGAUGUCAGCCACUAUCCACUUCCUGUCCAUCACAUUUCCAUUUGUAUCCUGUUCCUAGUUACCGGGCUCAUCCUGUUUGUGUGUGGACUGUGUAUUUACUGAGCUUCACAGCUUGGACUUGCUGAGGAGAGGUGGACUAGACAUUGGGUCAAGAGGAAGACCUGUAUAUCCUUCUCAACAUGCUCAGUGAUUAUUGAGCCUGCAAGUGCCAGUACUGACAAAACAUUUCCUUGCUGGUGUUGGAGACAUUGGCAGUGAAGAGAUACAGACGUAACUCACUCUUUCACUGAACAGACUGAAGCUACAUGCUAGCCUCUUAGCUACAAACCACUGAAUGAUGGUAUUUACUCUAUUGAGUUUCCUUUUGUUCUGUGAAAUGUAUUUUUCACAUGAAAGAUAUUUUUCAAGUUAGAGACUUUGUGUUUUACACAUGGCUUCCAUCUUGUAGCCAAACCUAUGAAAUACUGUUUUAUUUGCCACGUUUUGAUUUUCAGGAAUCAGAGCUUCACUGCUGUUUGAAGGUAAAGCCAAGACUUUACUCUGGCAGCGUAAAAAUGGAUUUCAUGUUGUUAUUUUUCCUCCAAAAUUUGCUUUGAUUAAUAUCUUCAGACUAAUGUAGAAAUCACAUGCAGCUCUGUUUGGAUCUUUGUGUUGUUUCCAAUUACAAACCUGUAUGCAUCACUGGAGGGGAGAUUUGACCACUGUGACAGCAUGUGUAUAGCUGUGGCCAAAAUAUUCUUUUGUAGCAUUUUCCAAUUUACAUGAAAGGUUUUUGUUUUUGAAAAAUAUUCUGUAUUGCAAUUUUCUACUGCAUUUCUACUGUACUUCUCACACAGAUGGUUAUGUUUUUUGCUAUUCCUGCCUCUUUUUUUUGCUGUUCAGGGUAUGAGGUUACCACAGCAGACACAUAGCAGUUGCUAUUUUCAGUUUUCCUUUACCUCAGACGAUACAUUCUUAUAUUGUAUAUACGCUGACGAUGUGAGUGUCCCCUGGAUCAGAAGGUUCAUGGACGCAAAUAAUCCUGCUGCCCUUCCACACAUGGCAUCACCUCAUCUCACAAAAAGGCUACACUGCUGUAUAUGGUUUCUCAUACAACUUAUUAUAUCAGGGAAAUUAAAUUAUUCAUGUAUUUAUUCAUUUGUUUUAUAUUUAUGUGUUUUUACUUUUUUACAUCUUUAGCCUAAGCUCCUACAGGUUCACUAUACUUGGAACUUUUACAUUUUGCAUUUUGUUUUCUGAAUGUAAAAAGCUGUGUUGCAGAUAACCGUCCCAGUUUAAAGUUGGGAUCAGUGUAAUAUGAGAAUCACUUUACACUUGUUUUUAAAAAGAGUUUUUAUUUUUCAUCACAAAUCGUCAGUGGGUUUAAGAGCAGUGAUGACAAUGUCAGUUCAAACAGCACAAAAGAGUCUUAAUACUGGGAUUCACAUCAUGCAAGGAUUAAGGAAUUUGCUAAAGUUAAGAUUCAUGCAUAAUAUAUGUAUUUUUUCUGCAGGGACACGUCCAUCUUGUUCCUCUCAUGUGGUAAGCAUGCUGGUCUUGACUUUAAUUGAUAAGACAGAAAUCAAAAAAACAAAGGUAGCUUUUUUUUGCCUUCCAUUUUACAGUGAGAUACAUAGGUGUCAGUGAAUGGCAUGAAUCUUUUUCUGGUCCAUGUUUUGUAGUGGUCACAGAGCUUUCUGCACCUGCAUGAUGACUAAAGUCUUGUGAUCUAAGUCAAUUUCUUUACAGAAGAGACAAAAAGGCAAAGUGGUUUUAACAUUUCUCAUUCGUGAGUAAAUGCAAAAACUUCAAUGAUGUUAACGUUUUUCUUUCUAGGGACUUUUAAGCAUUAUCAGCUGAAACACCUUGCAGGACGACAGCUCUCAGUUCCAGUUAAACAACAUAAACAUCUGCAGAUAUUGUGUAAACCACAGAGAGAAUUGUAACAUCUAAAACAUGUCUUCCUGUGCCUUAAGAACGUCUUUCCUCACACAUUAAAGGUCCAGUGUGUAGGAUGUAAGGGGAAUUAGUUGCAGAAAUGGAAUAUAAUGUACAUUACAAUGUUUUCAUGAGUGUAAUCAGUUGAAAAUCAGAAUCAUUGUACUUUGAUUAGAUUUUUUUUUUUUUUUUUUUAAAUUUUGCUUAUAUUUUGCUUAGAUUGAUUGUGUCAUCUUCAAUCUCAGAUAGAUUUUAGACUUCGUUAGUAGAUGGAAUCAGCACUGGAGACAAAUUGGCACCAUGCUUGAGUAGUGGUAAAAACACUCUUACUUCAAUAGAUGUUUUACGUUAAUCUUUGGCAGCAGUGAGCACAAAACACAGGAACACAGUGCCUUUGCCAAAUAUUAUUAGGAGAGAAUGUUGUUUGGUGAAGGUUGUUGUUCUUUUGUGUGGUGAGGCCUCUGAAAAUGGUGGCAGUGACUUAUUUAAUUGUUGUUUAAUUAUUGCAGCAUUGAGCAAGACUAUGGUAGCUCAGAGUGGACAAACCUAACACCAUGUUUUUAGCAGCCAAGUUAAGGUUCUCCUUCUCUCAUGGAAGGUGAGGGUCAGAUGACAGGUCUUCAACUGGUUGUAAUCUGCAUUCUCACCACUAGAUGCCACUUAAUCCUACACACUGCACCUUUAAGUUUAUGCAAUGCACUUGUUUUUGUUUUUUAGCCGCUGUUUAUUUUUCACCAACUUCAGUUCUGUCCCACACACUAGUGAACAGGAUAAUUCAGGCUGUGUUGAACCUUAGCAGCUUCUGCAUUAAUGAGUUCUAACUUGCUGCUGUAUUGGAGGAGAUUUCAGUUACAACUUAAUGGUUUCUGUGACUGCAGAAACUAUGGGUAGUCAUGGUAUGAGUGUUCUUUUCAGUGUUUCAAGAGAACAAAAUCCCUGCUACGCUGUGGAGAGCCCACCUUCAAAUUGUCUUCUUGCCUAUGCUGGAUACAGUAAUUGUCACACCUUGAAACGGAUGCCACAAAAAUACAAAACAAUGCAAGGCUUCCAGGUUACAAUGCCUCGAGUCAAAAGUUCACAAGAACUGUGUAAGACUGUUUUGAGAAUUAGUCCUACACAUUUCCAGUACUUACCUGCAAACAAGUCACUGUGGGAUCAAACUUCAGUCAACUGUAGUUCACCCAUUCAUGCGCGAAAUACGGCAUUAUGUACAACGGCAGAUUAGAACAGCUGCUGCACCUUUCCCACUGCAGCAUUUAUCAGUAUUGUGAUAUUCAUUCUCGGCUAAAUGAAUGAAAAGUUGGAAAAUAAAAACAUUUUACACAGCAUUAAGCUACCAUUCAAAAACUUGUUUGCAUACUUUUAAGUGAUUUUUUUUUUUUUUUACUCCUUUUUUUUUAUUCAGUUUUGUUGAGUUUUUAGUAGCUACACUCAAUGACUGUGUUUUGGAAUAAAGUGGGAAAGGUGACUGGAAAUCAGAAGAGAUAAGUGCGGUUUUCACUUUGUUUUUUAAUAAUGCAUUGAAUAAAGUGAGGCAACAGAUUUGAUCUCUUCCCUUACAUAACUUACUACAAGUGUUGAGUUUGAGUGACAAUAACAUAACAUUUGCUCCUAUAACGAACAGGUGUUUGUUUUUGUAUUUUCUGCCAUUAUUUAAA